UUUUUGUAUAAUAUGAGAGAAUAUUCCCAACUUCUUACCUUCUACUUAAAUCUGAAGAUGUAGAUUCUGUUUACUACCUUGUACUGAAGUAUGGCUUACAGUGUCAUUUCUCCAAGGUUAUAUUCUAUGAGUUUCAGUUUUACCUCUAAACUUUGAAAAUAGGUAUUUUUCAUUUUGUCAAAGAAUAUUUUUAAUAUUUAUUUAUUAGAGAGUGAGCACUAGCUUUCAUAAACUAAUUUACUUUCCAAAUGGCUGCAGACAUGGCUAUGUCUUUACAAACCUGAAGCCAGGAGCCAGAAAUUCCAUCUGGGUCACCUACAUGGGUGGUAGUUCUUGGGCCGUCUUCCGUUGCCUUCCCACUCCCAUUUGUAGAACUGUAUUGAAAAUGGAACAGUUGGGUCUCAGUUGGUGCUCCAACAUGGGAGGUUGACAUGCCUUACUUUUUGCUGCAUGAUGCAUGACAUCAUACAUUGUAGAAAAUUGAAUUAGAAGGUACUUCUUGUAUGUAGAGCCUAGCAGUUAAAUUCCAGCAUCCCUUGUUGGACUACCUGGGUUUGAUACACAGCUGCAGCUUUUGACUCUAGUUUCCUGCUGCCACAGAUCCUAGGAAGCAGGAAAGAAGGUUUGAAUAAUGGAGUUUCUGCCUCUGUAUGAGACCUGGAUGGAAUUCCUGGCUUCAGCCCUGGUCCAGUCCCAGGUGUUAAGAGCUUUUGAGGAAUGAACCAGUGAAUGGCAGUGCUAUACUCUCCGAUAAAUGGGCUUAAAAGGCUGAUCAGCUGUUAAGUAUAUGUUCUACUGGACUAUUAGGAGAUGUCUCAAAUAAAUCAAUAAGAAAUUUUAAAAGGUGCUUUUUUUCAGUUAAAAAUUUUAACAUUGUGCAUGGCUUUUUUUUAUAAUAGACAUUUUAUGUGAACUUUUAGAGUACUCCAUGUAUAUAUGGUUUUAAAAAUUAUAAACUCAUCCUUUAAAUGUUCUCACAAAUUUUUUAAGUACUCAUGUAGCAAAGCUGAAUUUUAUAGUGAACAAUCAUUAAUAUACCAGUUAACUCAGGAGCAUUUUACUAUGCUUUGUUACAUAACCAUCUGUCUGCCCUUUUGUGUAUCUUUCAUUCUAAUUUGUUUUUCAAUGUAGUAUCAAAGUUGAAGACAUAAUAUAUCUCUUUAAAACAAAGCACAAUGCCACCUUUUGGGUUUGGCCCAGAAAGUAAUUUUAAAAGUGAACUUGAAAAAUAAACUCUGUUAUUAUACACGCUAGAGAUGACAGUGUUUAACAGAAUACAACUUGCACUAGCUAAAAGUUUGAAAAGCCUUCAUGUUUGAUGUUUGAAGAAACUUUUUAAAAGUCAUGACCAUGUCUAGUUUCUGCCUCUUCAGAUAUGAUGGUCCAGCCCCACUUGACCCAAAGAGAUCAUUUGUGAAUGAUGUGUUUUACAUAUAAAUCUUCUGGUUUAGGUUUUCUGGAAGAUUUUAUGGGGGCAAGACUUUCAGGCUGUUGUUUAUUUCAUCAGAUUAUAGAACUCAAGUCUAUAUUUAUCAAAUCUAAUACUAGACAUUGGACUAAUGCGUGGCAAUAGUGCUUCGAAGACUGAGGGAGCUACAGCUUCAGGAAGUAGCCUUGCGGCAAGAAAACAGACGUCCCAGCCCACGGAAGCUCUCUUCUGAACCCCUUUUGCCUUUGGACGAGGAAGCUGUGGAUAUGGAUUAUGGCGACAUAGCAGGAAAUGUAGUGGAUGGAGAGCAAGAAGAAGCUUCUGGAGAUGUGGAGAUCUCUUUUCAUCUUGAUUCAAGCCACAAGACCAGUAGUAGAGUAAACUCUGCAACCAAAUUGGAGGAAGGAGGAUUGAAGAAAAACAAGUCAGCAAAACAGGGUGACAGGGAGAACUUUAGGAAAGCCAAGCAGAAGUUGGGGUUCUCAUCUUCUGAUCCAGAUCGCAUGUUUGUUGAGCUUUCUAAUAGCAGCUGGUCAGAAAUGUCCCCCUGGGUGAUUGGCACCAAUUACACCCUUUAUCCUAUGACUCCUGCCAUUGAGCAGAGACUCAUUCUUCAAUAUUUAACUCCUCUAGGAGAAUAUCAGGAGCUACUUCCCAUAUUCAUGCAGCUUGGAUCACGAGAGUUGAUGAUGUUCUAUAUUGAUCUGAAGCAGACUAAUGAUGUCUUGCUUACGUUCGAGGCCCUCAAGCACUUAGCUUCUCUCCUGCUGCAUAACAAAUUUGCCACAGAAUUUGUUGCUCAUGGUGGAGUACAGAAAUUGCUGGAAAUUCCUCGUCCUUCAAUGGCUGCAACUGGUGUAUCUAUGUGCUUGUAUUACUUGUCUUACAAUCAGGAUGCCAUGGAAAGAGUUUGCAUGCAUCCACACAACGUUCUGUCUGAUGUGGUGAACUAUACUCUGUGGUUAAUGGAAUGUUCUCAUGCCUCAGGAUGCUGCCAUGCUACCAUGUUUUUCUCAAUUUGUUUCUCAUUUCGGGCUGUCUUGGAGCUCUUUGACCGCUACGAUGGUCUUCGUCGUCUGGUGAAUUUGAUUAGUACUUUGGAGAUUCUAAAUUUGGAAGAUCAAGGUGCCCUUCUGAGUGAUGAUGAAAUAUUUGCUAGCCGGCAAACUGGGAAACAUACUUGCAUGGCCUUGCGGAAGUACUUUGAAGCUCACCUGGCCAUUAAAUUGGAACAAGUAAAGCAGUCGCUUCAGAGGACCGAGGGUGGCAUUCUUGUUCAUCCUCAACCCCCAUACAAGGCAUGUUCAUAUACCCAUGAACAGAUUGUGGAGAUGAUGGAGUUUUUGAUAGAGUAUGGCCCAGCACAGCUGUACUGGGAACCAGCUGAAGUCUUCCUCAAACUGUCCUGUGUGCAACUCUUGCUGCAGCUCAUUUCAAUUGCCUGCAACUGGAAGACAUAUUAUGCAAGGAAUGAUACUGUGCGCUUUGCCUUGGAUGUCCUGGCUAUUCUCACCGUGGUGCCAAAAAUCCAGCUCCAGCUGGCAGAAUCUGUGGAUGUGCUAGAUGAGGCUGGCUCUACUGUCUCCACUGUGGGUAUCAGCAUUAUUUUGGGAGUGGCUGAGGGUGAGUUCUUUAUCCAUGAUGCUGAAAUUCAGAAGUCAGCACUUCAAAUUAUCAUCAAUUGUGUGUGUGGCCCAGAUAACCGCAUAUCCAGUAUUGGCAAAUUUAUCUCUGGAACUCCUCGGAGGAAGCUGCCUCAGACCCCCAAAAGCAGUGAGCACACCCUGGCCAAGAUGUGGAAUGUGGUGCAGUCCAACAAUGGCAUCAAGGUUCUCCUGUCCUUACUCUCUAUUAAGAUGCCCAUCACUGAUGCAGACCAGAUCCGUGCCCUGGCCUGCAAGGCUCUGGUGGGCCUCUCUCGCAGCAGUACUGUCCGGCAGAUCAUCAGCAAACUGCCCCUUUUCAGCAGCUGCCAGAUCCAGCAGCUGAUGAAGGAGCCUGUGUUACAGGACAAGCGCAGUGACCAUGUCAAGUUCUGCAAGUAUGCCGCUGAGCUCAUUGAAAGGGUGUCAGGAAAGCCACUACUCAUUGGCACAGAUGUGUCUCUAGCACGCCUGCAGAAAGCGGAUGUUGUUGCACAGUCAAGGAUCUCGUUUCCCGAGAAAGAGUUGCUUCUGUUGAUACGAAACCAUCUCAUUUCUAAAGGGCUAGGAGAAACAGCAACGGUGCUGACAAAGGAGGCUGACCUGCCCAUGACUGCUGCCUCCCAUUCUUCUGCAUUUACCCCAGUAACUGCUGCUGCUUCACCUGUCUCUCUUCCCCGAACCCCUCGAAUUGCCAAUGGCAUUGCAACUCGACUAGGCAGCCAUGCUGUUGUGGGUGCCUCUGCCCCAUCUGCCCCCACUGUCCAUCCUCAACCACGGCCGCCUCAGGGUUCACUAGCUUUGCCUGGACCAUCGUAUGCAGGCAACUCCCCUUUGAUUGGUAGGAUCAGUUUUAUCAGAGAGAGACCGUCACCUUGCAAUGGCAGGAAAAUCAGAGUGUUGCGGCAAAAGUCGGACCAUGGCGCCUAUAGCCAAAGCCCAGCCAUAAAAAAACAGUUGGACAGACAUCUUCCUUCCCCACCUACGCUGGACAGUAUCAUCACAGAAUAUCUUAGGGAGCAACAUGCUCGCUGCAAGAACCCGGUUGCCACUUGCCCACCUUUCUCUCUCUUUACUCCUCACCAGUGUCCUGAGCCAAAACAGAGGCGACAAGCGCCAAUAAAUUUUACCUCAAGGCUAAACCGCAGGGCAUCAUUUCCAAAGUAUGGAGGGGUAGAUGGUGGAUGCUUUGAUAGACACCUUAUCUUUAGCAGAUUCCGUCCUAUUUCAGUGUUCCGGGAAGCCAAUGAAGAUGAGAGUGGCUUCACCUGCUGUGCGUUCUCGGCACGGGAGCGAUUCUUAAUGCUUGGCACCUGCACAGGGCAGCUGAAGCUGUAUAAUGUAUUCAGUGGACAGGAGGAGGCCAGUUACAACUGUCACAACUCGGCCAUCACACACCUUGAACCUUCCAGGGACGGGUCCUUGCUGCUGACAUCUGCUACUUGGAGCCAGCCUUUGUCUGCACUUUGGGGAAUGAAAUCAGUGUUUGAUAUGAAGCAUUCCUUCACAGAAGACCACUAUGUUGAAUUCAGUAAGCAUUCUCAGGAUCGGGUCAUAGGCACAAAGGGGGACAUUGCCCAUAUUUAUGAUAUUCAGACUGGCAACAAGGUGUUGACUCUGUUUAACCCAGAUCUUGCUAACAACUACAAGAGGAACUGUGCCACCUUCAAUCCUACAGAUGAUCUUGUCUUAAAUGACGGCGUCCUCUGGGAUGUCCGCUCCGCACAGGCCAUCCACAAGUUCGAUAAAUUCAACAUGAACAUCAGUGGCGUUUUCCAUCCGAAUGGGCUGGAAGUCAUCAUUAAUACUGAGAUUUGGGACCUUCGAACUUUCCAUCUUUUACACACUGUUCCUGCUUUGGAUCAGUGUCGUGUGGUGUUCAACCAUACAGGGACAGUGAUGUAUGGAGCUAUGUUGCAGGCAGAUGAUGAAGAUGACUUAAUGGAAGAAAGGAUGAAGAGCCCCUUUGGGUCAUCAUUCCGAACAUUUAAUGCAACUGACUACAAACCUAUAGCGACCAUUGAUGUGAAACGGAACAUCUUUGAUUUGUGUACAGACACCAAAGAUUGCUAUCUUGCCGUCAUUGAGAAUCAAGGCAGCAUGGAUGCUCUGAACAUGGACACCGUGUGCAGGCUGUAUGAAGUUGGCAGGCAACGGCUGGCUGAGGAUGAAGAUGAAGAAGAGGACCAGAAGCGGAUGGAAGAGGAAGAACAGGAGGAAGAAGAUGAUGAUGAAGAUGAUGAUGACACUGAUGAUCUGGAUGAGCUUGACACAGAUCAGCUGCUGGAGGCAGAGCUGGAGGAAGAUGACAACAACGAAAAUGCAGGCGAGGAUGGAGACAACGACUUCUCUCCCUCUGAUGAGGAGCUGGCAAACCUCCUGGAGGAGGGAGAGGAUGGCGAGGAUGAAGACUCGGAUGCAGACGAAGAAGUGGAACUGAUCCUGGGGGACACUGACAGCUCUGACAACUCCGAUCUGGAAGAUGACAUCAUCUUAUCUCUGAACGAGUGAGGAGCAAGCUCCACUUGGAAGAUGUUGGCAGGCGAGAGACUGAGUUAAAUGAAUUCAGAAUACGUUCCCUUCCCCUUCUCACGGGGCUGUCUCUGAAGGAACUGUAGGCCCUGCCUUCCAGGGGCCAUGGGUCAGAGGCUGCCUGGAAUGUGUGGGGCCUUCCAGAAACAACCGUGAGAGACAGCAGAGAUUAGGCCCUACUCUGUCUGCUUCCCUCCUGUCCUAGGAUGGACAGCUUUCCUCAAGGGGAAAAAAAAAAACAACAAAAACAUGUCUCUGGGGUAUUUCACAAUAUAUUUUCUUUGUAUAACGUUCUUUAAAGAACAAAAAAUAGUUUUUUACAAAACUUAAAAAUGAAGAAAAAAAAAACCAACAAGCAUUUAUAACCGAGGGUGUGAACUUAUAUCCAGCAGGUCUCUUAUCCCUGGCACUUCAUUUUCUUUGGAAGAAGAGUCUAAAGAACAAUCUAGAGGCAUUUUUACAUACAUAUUUAAAUGAAAAGGAAAAUCGUGGUUUCUUAAAUUGAUAAGGAUUAAGAAUAUUUUAUUAUAAAUAUAAUAUAUGAUUUUUAAACCUGUUUUGUUGCCUCAUGCAGUCAUAGUAAUUUGUUUUCCUUUGUGCCAGAGCGGGGGAGGGUGACACUGCUUGUCGGCCAAAUCGGGGCCGCAUUGCCCGUGUCAUGGGGGCAGCACUGACAAGUGGAUGCUAGUUUUGUGGAUUUGAAGUAACUUAGGAUAUAAGUUCACUCCCUCUAUAUUUUUUCUUUGUGAUUCAGUUUUUCAAGAAUCUUGUUUUCUUCCCUUUCUCCCCAAUGUGGAAAUUACAAAUCAAAGGCCUUUUUCUUUAAUGUAAAGUGUAUUUAUUUAAAAAAAAAAUACAAAAUAAACUACAAGUCUGUCUUU